GAUUGGAGCAGAAAUACCGUAUGCCGCUUGCUUUGCCUUGGACAUGUUCCCAACUGAUCCCUCCACAAGACACAGAAGAACUCAAUCAGAGUAUGUUACUGUCGCAUGCUUGACCACAGAAACUCCCAAGAAAGAUAUAGUGCAUGACGCAGUUUGUCUUGUCGAUAAGACAAUCCCAGCCAAGAUGGCCCGACAGCGGCAGCAGCAAGCGGCCUUCCACAUGCGGGGUCUGACUCCGACAAAUGCUUGCUUUCCUCUUCGACAAUAAUUGUCCGUGUUUGUGUACUCUCGGUGUACGGAUAGCUUGUUGUUGAUCUUGAGGCCUCGCUGACUUCUCGCAUAUACCUUCGCUCAAUGUCACAUGGCUACCUCGAGAGAUUACCCAUCUCCAGCGACCUUGACUUCAGGCUUGACAUUGCCUUCAACAUGUGAUCCUCCAGGAGAAGAUAAUCCGCCUGCGCAGAAAACAUGGAUCGUCUUUGGUGCUACUGGCCACAUGGGUCGCUCCAUUGUCAAGACGUGUCUUUCUCAUGGCGACAACGUCACUGCUGUCGGUCGAGUUGGCGAGCACACACUUGACCAGAUGCAAGGCUGGCACGAGUCUUGUCUCGGUCUUCUGUGCGACGUGAGAGUAUCUAAAACAGUCGAGUCUGUCAUCGAAGACACAAUUCGCCAUUUCGGCUCCGUGGACGUUAUUGUCAAUUGCACUGGUUACGGCGUCAUUGGAGCUUGUGAAGACCAAGAUGUUUGCGAUCUUCGUGCACAAUUCGAAACGAACUUCUUCGGCUGUCUCAACAUCGUCCAGCAAUCACUGCCGUACUUUCGCAAGAGGAAUUCCGGCCGAUAUCUAAUCUUCUCUUCCACCUCUGGCGCACUCGGUGUCCCGGGCCUUGGUCCCUAUUGCGCAACCAAAUAUGCCGUCGAAGGUUUGAUUGAAAGCUUGCUCUACGAGGUCGAUGCUUUUAACAUUAAGGCCACCCUUGUCGCUCCAGGUCAUCUGCGUCUCGACGAACCCACGGGACUGGAUGACAAGGGUUCCGAUUCAGCUGACAAGAGCCGUCUACCAACGUAUGGUCAUUUCCUGGUCAAGUCGCCGUCUCAGCCUUAUGAGAGCCAGAAUGCUCCCGCUGCGCAUGCUAAGCGCGUGGUACAAUGGCUCAGCAAUCAGCAGCCUACCAGUGCUGUCAAGAGCGCCGAACUCACCUGGCAAUUAGGUCAUUGUUCAUUUCCACCAUUACGUCUACUGUUGGGCAGCUUCGCCGUCGAGAGCAUCCGCGAUCGCUUGCGGUGUAUUAUUGAGGAGAUCGAAGAUUGGAAACAUCUCUCGUUUCCCCGCGGCGAUGAGAGAGACCAGCAGACACCGCAGCCUGCAGGGGAAGACUCGACGUCACAGCAUCUACUUACACCAGGCGAUGAAAUUACUGAAGUCGCAGAUGGGGACAUGGACAUCGACGAAGGCUGAGACGAUGUCGAUAGAAAUUUUUCUUUGCUUUUUCCUUCUCGAAGGACACCCGAGAUGUCAAGAUUCACGGAUCGCCGACUUCCCCAAGUUUGAGAACUCAUGGAUGCCUAACGCCGGUAGUUUCAGCGCGGACCCGGCAUGAUCCAAGCGGCUACUACGUAGGCGGUAAAGAACCAACAUAUA